AAACUAAAAAAACAGAAACAAAAAACAAAAAAAUUAAUUUUUUUUUCUUAGAGAGAGAAAAAAAAAACUUUUCUAUUUUUUUUCCCUUUCCCUCCAACCCUCUUUCUCAGGGAUGGUCGAAGAGAGGUUCCUCUUCUGAGAUCAUCCUGAAUAGGGCAAUUUUUUUUCUUCAAAUUAUUCAAAUAAAAUAAAAUAAAUUUUUUUUCUUGGAUUUUAAUUCUAAAAAAGCCCACAUUCUUGAAAUUGUGUAAAAGAAUUUUUUUGUUGGAUUUUAAUUCUACAAUUCAAUUUUAAAAAACCCCAUAUUCUUGAAUUUGAUCAUUUUUUGUUUAAGCUAAAAAUUGAAUCUUGGAAAAUUUUGAGGACUUGGGGUUUCUGCAAUGAUGGAGAAAAUAGAGUGUAGAGUUGUGCAGAUAAGCAAGUGGGUUUUCGUGUGUCCGAGUAAUUUUCGUUGCUCGGAGGAGAGUCAUUUCAUACCGAAAAAGCUGGCGAUUUUGUUGAUAAUUUGUUCAGAAUCCUGGCUGUUGGCAAGAAAUGAGGAGUAGAUGGAACAUUUAUGUAAUCAAGUUGUUGUUUCUCACCAUUUUGAUUCAUUUUCUGGAGGUUCGUGAGUGUUGCACUUUGAAUUCUGAAGGAUUGGCAUUGUUCGGAUUCAAAUUGAACGUGGAUUCUGAUCCAAAUGGAGUUCUUGAAAACUGGAACACUGAUCACUGUGACCCGUGCUUGUGGUCUGGUGUCGAGUGUCUGGAUGGUAAAGUGCAAAUGCUAAAUCUCCAUGGAUUUUCUUUGGAAGGAGUACUGGUACCAGAGCUUGGAAAUCUUACUCACUUGAGAUCACUCGUGCUCUCAGGAAACCAUUUUUCCGGUGCUAUUCCUAAAGAAUUUGGCAAACUCGGAAUGCUGGAAGUGCUUGACUUAAGGGAUAAUAAUUUGAGUGGAACAAUUCCAGCGGAAAUAGGAGCCCUGCAAUCAUUAAGAGUCUUGCUGAUUCGUAACAAUAACUUUGAAGAGGGUGUUCCGUUGGAAAUUGGGAAGCUUCAGUUAGUCACGGAAUUGCAAUUCGACGAAAAUCUCACUUCUGGUUUUGCUGCUGGAACUCGUUGUAUAAGAAAAUUUCGGCAUUGCAUCUGGCAUGGCGGUAUGAAACCAUUCAAGACUCUAAACUCCUUAAUCGAACCAAUAAAAUGGACACUUUCUCAUUACCUCAGUUUCUUCCAACUGUCAUCUCCUGGAACGGGCUUUAUGGAUGACCGAAACGACUUCCCUGACAACCUUCCAAGGUCAUCGAGGCCGCACAUCAUCCACACUAUACAGCACCAAGAAGAGAUUGCACGCCGUAAGUUGGUUGAACAAUCCAGUAACCUUGCUGCUGCUCCUACCAAUAUCACGGGUCCUGUUAUUCAAAUGCCGAUUAGCAGAAGCAGUGGGACGUUUAAAGCUGUGCCAUAUUCUGAUGGAAAACCUCCUACGGCCUUACCAUCACCACCAAAGCAUGAGUCUCAAGACAAAUUACAUCAAGAAGUAAAACGGCCUCCUGCUGUUAAAAAUCCAGCUAAUAGCCAAGGUCCUGCUGCUGGAAAAUCGGGAAGUACUUGGAAGUACGUAACUGGGAUUUGUAUCGGAGUAACUUUGCUCAUUCUUUCAAUAUCUGUAUUCUUAGUCUGCCGAAUCAGAGGAGCUAGAAGAACUGGCCCUUGGAAGACUGGAUUGAGCGGACAGCUGCAAAAAGCAUUCGUCACAGGAGUUCCAAAACUUAACAGAUCCGAGCUUGAAACAGCAUGCGAGGAUUUUAGCAACAUUAUUACCACCGGCGAUUCAUAUAUAGCAUACAAGGGAACACUGUCCAGCGGAGUGGAGAUUUCCGUCAUCUCAACUACUAUAAGUUCUUUGGAAGAUUGGUCUGUGCACUCGGAAACAGGCUUCCGGAAGAAGAUCGAUACGUUUUCGCGAGUGAACCACAAGAAUUUUGUUAAUCUUAUCGGAUAUUGCGAGGAGGAUGAACCUUUGACUCGGAUGAUGGUGUUUGAGUAUGCUCCUAAUGGAUCACUUUUCGAGCAUCUUCAUGUUGAAGAAGCUGAUCAUCUCGACUGGUCUACGAGGAUCAGAACCAUUAUGGGUAUAGCGUAUUCUCUUCAAUACAUGCAUGAAUUGAACCCCCCAGUGGCGCAUUGCAACUUGAAUUCAAAGGCCAUAUUCUUGACCGACGACUACGCUGCUAAGAUUACCGAGAUCGAUUUCUGGUCAGAACUAACAGCCAAGUCGAAGUCCGCUAGCAGUGAUUUAGAGAACUCUGUGCUGCCGCCGCUUGCUGAUCCCGAGACUAAUGUCUAUAGCUUUGGGAUUCUUCUACUAGAAACCAUUUCCGGCAAAUCGCCUUAUUCAGAAGAAAAAGAGUCUCUUCUAAACUGGGCGAUGCAAUAUCUUCGUCAUGACAAGCAGAAUAUCGCCUCACUGGUCGAUCCAUCAUUGAAGUCCUUCAAGAACAACGAGCUCAUGGUUAUUUGCGAAGUAAUCGAACAAUGCCUUCAAGAAGAUCCACGAAAGAGACCAACUGUCAAAGAAGCCAUUGUUAAACUAAGGGAAGCCAUUGAUGUAUCACCAGAAAAUGCAGUUCCAAGGCUUUCUCCUCUAUGGUGGGCGGAGCUCGAGUUGCUAUCCAACGAGGCAGCGUGAUUCGGCUUAAUUUGUCCGUCCUGUCUACUUUGUAAGUUUCAAGUACGUACAAUGUUGGUUUAUACUACGUAUGAAUACAAAAAUACAUUGUUUUUCUCUUGAACCCCCUAUGGGUAGUUGUAUUUAACUAUCCUCUACCUAUAUUUAUGAUAUGUAUUGGUUUAUUCUUUUA